GGCCCGGCCCGCAGGGAGGAGCCGGGGCCGGAGCCGAAGCCGGCCGGGCCGUGUGGUUCCGGGUCGGGCGGGAAGAUGGCGGCGCCCAUGGAGCUGUUCUGCUGGGCCGGGGGCUGGGGGCUGCCCUCGGUGGACCCGGACUGCCUGGCCGUGCUGACCUACGCCAGAUUCACAGGCGCGCCGCUCAAAGUUCACAAAGUCACUAACCCGUGGCGAAGUCCCUCAGGGUGUUUACCUGCUCUGAAGACCAAGGAGGAAGGUGUCCUCUCCCAGAUGCACCAGAUCAUCACUCACCUCAGGAAACAGCAAUACAACGCUGACUACGAUCUCUCUGCGAGACAAGGGGCAGAUACACUAGCCUUUGUGUCUCUGCUAGAGGAGAAGCUGCUGCCUGUGUUGAUUCACACGUUUUGGGUGGAUGCAAAGAACUAUGUGGAGCACACGCGGAAAUGGUACGCGGAGGCCAUCCCCUUCCCGCUCAACUUCUUCCUGCCCAACCGCAUGCACAAGCAGCAUCUGGAGCGGCUGCAGCUGAUCUGGGGGGAGAGCUGCUUGGAGGAUGAGGAGGAGCUGGAGAAGGAAAUGUACCGUGAAGCCCGGGAGUGCCUGACGCUCCUGUCUCAGCGCCUCGGGGACCAGAAGUUCUUCUUUGGAGACUCCCCUGCUUCCCUGGACGCAUUCGUCUUCAGUCAUCUGGCGCCUCUCCUGAAAGCCAAGCUGCCCAACGGGAAACUGCAGCAGCACCUGAAGUCCCUGCAGAACCUGUGUGACUUUUGCUCCUCCAUCCUCAGCCUCUACUUCCCCUGGGACGGAGGGGACAUCCCCUCCAGCGCCCCCAAAGCGUCUGCCUCCGAAGGGACCGAGUCUGAGGAGGAGCCCUACAAACGGCGCAACCAGAUCUUGUCGGUGCUGGUGGGACUGGCGGCGAUGAUUGGCUAUGCCUUCCUCAGCGGGAUCGUCUCCAUCCAGCGGGGCCCUCCUGGGGCUGCCAGCCCCCGGCCAAUAGCCAUGGAGGAGGAGGAAGAGGAGGAGGAGUGAGGCGCUGGUCUCGGGGCUUUGGUUCUCACUCGAACUGACUCUUUUUUUUACAGUGCUGGGUAUGCCUAGUCUGAUUCCUGCAAACUGCCCCUGUGGCCCUGUUCAGUCCGGAUCCCAGCGCUGCUACAAACACCAGCCCAGAUUUCUAGACUGUGUCGCAAGCAGUCUGCCCCCCACUAAUAAACCUGGAGCGCCCCCUGAAGGGCAUCUGUCUGUGCUCUCUGUCUCUCCUGUCUGCAGCCCUGGGCACAGAGCCUGCGUAGCGCUGGGGGUGCUCAGCCCUCGUGGACCAAUGCGCUGGGCCCUCAAUCUCUACCCAGGGCAGACCUUCCCCACAGGGACACGCAGGACAAAGCAGCAUGGAAAGGGAACCUUGGCUUGAAGCUGUCCCUGCUGAGCUCUGCCCUACAAUUCCCUGGCUACCCCCAAGACAGCGGGAAGAAUCCUUUUGGCUUCACAUGCAGCUCUGAUUCCAUCUCUCCGUCCCCUGAAGACUGGGUCGUGCGCAAGAGCCUGCCCCUUUCCAGGGCGGGGAAGCCGCGAUUGGAGGGCCCUGGCCUAGAGGUUCACAGUGACUCUGCCUAACUGCUGGGCUCCUGACCUGGCCCUGCCGGCAGCUCCAGCCAUAGAAUAUGAGAAGCUUCAGCUUCUGGGCCAGCAGCCAGAACCAGCCCCUCGGGGAGCUGCCCUGAGAUUGCCAGCCCAGGUCAGAGCAGUGGGCUCAGGGAGAGCAGGGGCCGUUGGGGACUAUUUCCCACGCGUCACUUAGUGGGUAGCGCCUGCCCUGAAGCAGGGCACUUGGUAUCUGCAGCCGGCUGCUCUCGCUGUCCAGUCAGACCUCGGAGCCUCGCCUGUAGCACUGUGAACCCGGGAUUAACUGCCCACGGGACAAGCCCGGGUCUAGGAGACUCCAUUUGCCUUCUCUCACCUGUUCACUGUUUGUUCUCCCUCAGUCACGGCCUCUCCCAACCCAGUGGUCCCAGUUUUGCUUCCAUGGCUCGUCUCUGGGCCCCGUCUGUCCCACCAUAUCUGUUGAGGAAGAGCAGCCAGGACCGAAGGGUGGGUGAUUUGCCUGACAACCUUUUCAUGCUGGCUUCUAUCUCGUUCUCUAGCCAGCCCGAGGCUUGGUUUGCUGUGGCUGUGCUGCAUGCGGAGCCACUGCUCUGAGCUGGCCAUGGUAAUGCUCAGGGCCUUCCCCACACACUUGGCCCCCGGUGCCCCCAGUCAGGUUCAUGAGGGGUUCCUGGGGUUCCCUCCAGUGUGCGUUACCCUGGCACUUGCUGACAGUGCAGCUUAGCUACUUCUUCCUCACUGCCUUCUCCAGGCUCAGCUAGCUAAUCAGUCUGUGUCAACUGCAAACAUCACCUCCCAUCACAGCCUGGAGCCCUGUGGCACCCACCAUUAGCCAUGUGCCACGCUGAAAAUUCACCAUUAGUCCUGUGCUUUGUCUGGAAACAUAACUAGUUUCCUACCCUCUGCAAGGGCCUUUGACAGUCCAAAUGAAUGUCACCUUUUGGUGCCAGACCCAAAGACUGCCAGGGCUGCACUAGGCUCAGUCCUCUCCCAUUACUCAGUGCCCGCGUGACGCCAUGGGGCAGGCAGGGGAGACAUGCUGAAAUCCAGUUGUGCACAGCCAUGCCCAGUGCUACGGCACGGCUCAGAAUGCUGCUUCCUGGAAGGUCUCCAGCCCUUGCUGCUGGGCAUGGGCCAACCAGCCCAGCUCAGUGACUGACCGGCCUCUAUGCCCACCCCACAUGCUUCCAGCUAGGGCCGGUUCCACUGCAAAGCUGGCAGCUUUAGGACACCGGUGCCCCAAACACAGUAGACCCAGAAUGCCAGGCCAGCAACCACACAUGGGCCCGUUACCUCUGCCCCCAGGUGCCAGGAGGAGCUGCAGGAAGAGACAAACACCUGUCAGGGAUGGUGCAGGAAAUCUUAACGCUGCCUCAGCACAGGGCUCUGGAUCUGCCCUCGCAAGGUCUCGCCUCACCAUGCGUUGCUGUGACACCUCCAAGGGCAGCAGCGUGUGCCUCAGGCCCCCGCUGCCAGAGCCCUGACAGCACCACCUGCUCUCCCCAGAGCCACAGCCCCACCCAGGGGCCUGACUGGUGACCUGGCUGGUUUGCAACAUCUGCCCAGAGCUGCAGGCUGCACCUGGAGAGGAAACACUUGGGCACAUACUGGCUGGAGAAGUAUCUGCCAGGCUGCAGCAGGGUUUAUCCCCCCCACCCUGGCCCUUGUGCCUCACCUCUGCAGGGAGGAGAGUGACCUGGGCUGAAGGGGGCAGGGAGGUACCACUCCACCAAUGCUUUCCCACAGUGGCUACUGAAAGACCAGGAGCUGGGACUGACUAUUGGUGGCAGGUGGCCUGGGCUGGCUUUUCUCUCUGAGGGGGAGGGAAGAGGUGCUGGCUCCCUGGGCAGUGGGAGCUGAGGGAAGCCCCCUUACCUCAACUCACUGCCGUGAUUUGAGAGGGGCUAGCAGGGAGUUGCUGGCCUGUUCACGUUAGAAAUUCCUCCAGUGCUGACAGCUCUGUUUGCAUUCCUGCGUGCACACCGGCCAGGACAGGGGCGUUCCUUGGUGCUGCCAAGAGUGCGACGCUCCAGAGCGAGUAGCCAAGGCCCCGGAGGCAGCAGAGUGCAGCGUGAGGGGCUGGAAGCGCUCGUCUGAGGCAGGGACACUGUGAGAUGGGGAGGUGCAUGGUGCUGCGCCUACCGUACACACAGGGCUCCCUGCCCCUCGCUCACUCCUGGUGCUGGCAGGAGGCCCAGGGUGACAAAACGCAGUGCCAUGAGUGUGUGGAGGUGCUACUGGAGAGCCCUAGCUUCAUGUUACCUGUAACCCCAGUGCUGCAUCGACUGCACCCCCCUUAUCCGGGGCUCGGCUCUCGGGCCCACGCCAGGGUUUCCUCCCGCUGCUCUCACAUUCUUAGGCUCCACAUGGAAA